AUGUACCUUGAGGUUAGUGAACGUCAAGUGCUAGAUGCCUCGGACUUUGCCUUUCUUCUGGAGAACAGUACCUCUCCUUAUGAUUACGGGGAAAACGAGAGCGUCUUUGACUCCCCGCCCUGCACACAGGACUUCAGUCUGAACUUUGACAGAGCCUUCCUGCCAGCCCUCUAUAGCCUCCUCUUUUUGCUGGGGCUACUAGGCAACGGGGCUGUGGCUGCUGUGCUACUGAGCCAGCGCACUGCCCUGAGCAGCACAGACACCUUCCUGCUCCACCUGGCUGUGGCUGAUGCACUGCUGGUAUUGACCCUGCCACUAUGGGCAGUAGACGCUGCUGUCCAGUGGGUUUUCGGCUCUGGCCUCUGAAAAGUGGCAGGUGCCCUCUUUAACAUCAACUUCUACGCAGGGGCCUUCCUGCUGGACUGCAUAAGCUUUGACCGCUAUCUGAGCAUAGUGCAUGCCACCCAGAUCUACCGCAGGGACCCCUGGCUACGCGUAGCCCUCACCUGCAUAGUUGUCUGGGGACUCUGUCUGCUCUUUGCCCUCCCAGACUUCAUCUUCCUGUCAGCCAGCUAUGAUCAGCGCCUCAAUGCCACUCGCUGCCAGUACAACUUUCCCCAGGUGGGUCACACGGCUCUGCGUAUCCUGCAGCUGGUGGCCGGUUUCCUGCUGCCCCUUGUAGUCAUGGCCUACUGCUAUGCCCAUAUCCUGGCUGUGCUGCUGGUCUCCAGAGGCCAGAGGCGCUUACGAGCCAUAAAGCUAGUGGUGGUGGUGGUGGUGGCCUUUGCUGUCUGCUGGACCCCCUAUCACCUGGUGGUGUUGGUGGAUAUCCUCAUGGACCUGGGAGUUUUGGCCCGAAACUGUGGUCGAGAAAGCCACGUGGACGUGGCCAAGUCAGUCACCUCGGGCAUGGGCUACUUGCACUGCUGCCUCAACCCACUGCUCUAUGCCUUUGUGGGGGUGAAGUUCAGAGAACAAAUGUGGAUGCUCCUCAUACGCCUGGGCCGCUCUGACCAGAGAGGGCUCCAACGUCAGCCAUCAUCUUCAUGGCGGGAAUCUUCGUGGUCUGAGACGACAGAGGCCUCCUACUUGGGCUUGUAA